CCGGCUGUGGACGUGGUAGCCCGGGAUCUGCCACGUCCGAGACGGCGUACUCGAUAGUUCUUCAAGCUUCUCAAGAUCACUCGUGUUCUUUUGAUUACGAGAGAGAGAGAGAGAGAGAAAGACAGAGAGAGAGACAGAGAGAAACAGACAAACAGAGAGAGAGAGAGAGAGAAAGAGAGAGAGAGAGGGAGAAGGAGAGAGGGAGAGCAAGAAAAAGAAGGGAGGAGAAAGGAAAAUAAGAAGUAAACCGAUUCGAACAUCACCGAAUUAGUGCUCGUUCAUUAAUUUUCUUUUCACAUGUGAACUCUGCCAUAUCAUGGCUCUCGCCCUUCUGGGCAAGUGCAUUACUCGAUUGGCGCUUAUAUUACUUCUUUAUACUUGCUGCUACGCCUUCAGGAUACGUGAUGGAAAUGUCGUUCAUCCAUUUUCUUCGUCGAUCGUUGAACACUCGCAACGUGCCACCUGUGUUGGCUCAAAGUUCGGUAAGUGCCCAGAAAGAACGGUGACGACGAGUAGCGCAGUGACGCCUUCACCACGAAGAUGGCACGGGGCCAUGUCUUCGCAGGUUCCUCCGAUUGGUCGAAAACCACCUGUCGAAACGGUCUCGUCUACCAUCGAGGAGGACGCAAGUACCCAGAAAAUUGGGUCGAGGUUGUUGGGUGGUCAUCAGUUUGCCGAUAAAUCAUCAGCUGGGUUUUCCAUCAGGAAAAAAGAGAAUACUAUUGAUGAUAAAGAUGGUUAUGAUGAUAAUGGUGAAAACCAAAAUGAAGAGAGCAAGGAUGUUGAGGAUAUUAGUAAUGAUGAUGAUGAUGAUGAUGAUGAUGACGACGACGACGACGAUGUUGUAGUGGAAGAUGAGGAAGAAGAGAUACAAGCUGAAGAUGAUGAAGAUGAAAGUGCGGAGCUUAGUGAAGCUGACAAAAGUAAGGACUCUGAAGGGAACCAAGAAGAAGUAGAAAAAUCCAAAAGUAUCGAACGAAAGGAAAUGGAACGAGAAGCGGAAGUAAAAGACAAGGAAGAAGAUUACGGUACCAUGAACGUACUUGGUUGGAGUUUCAAGUUGAGUGCAGGUAGUGUUUCCAAAAGUACAACUACUAAAGAUACCAAAGAAGUAAAAUAUAGAAAGGAUGUUGUUGAAGAUGAAGAUAAAGAAAAGAAAAAAAGUACCAUUGUAAAGGAGAAAGAGGAUAAAAAAGAUAUUAAAGGUGAUGUAAAAAUUGAAGGAGAAAGCUCCAUUCUAUUGAAGCAAGAGAAGAGAUCUCAAAAAAAGGAUUUGGGAUACGUGGAACGCGAAACGAUAUUGGACGAUAGCAAGGACGAUGAUAAUGAUCAUGACGAUGGGAAGGAUAAUGAUAACGAAAUUGAAGAUAAAUUGAAAGUGUCUCCAGCAACCAGCAAAAAGUUAGAAAAAGUGAGAUAUGCCGAUAAAGACAAAGUUAGAUCGAUAGAGCAUACUGAUAGUAAAUCGAUAGAGAAAGUCAAAAUAGAGCCGAAAAUCCCAGUUGAGAAAGUGAAAAAUGAAGUGCAACAGAUCGUGGAGGAAUCUAAAAAAAUAGGAGCUACUAAACCGACCAAAACUGCAUCGGACGAGGAUAAGGAGAUGAAGAAAGCAAAAUCUGCUAAAGUAACGAAAAUUAAAAUAGAACAAGAGAAGAAAGUAAAGAAGAGUGGAAGUAUUGAACCAGUCAAAUAUGAAGAAUCGAACGAAGAUAAGAAAGCGAAGAAAGCAGAAACUGUUAAACUAACAAAAACUGAACCCGGAUCAUCGAAAGCUUCUUUGAAAUCGGAAGAAAAACGAAAAACUCCUGCGAAAACGGAAACUCCGAAAGCUACGACGAAAUCUAAGGACGAAGUAGAAAAAUCUGUUAAACGAAAAGUAAAAAGAGCAGUACCAGAAACGGCGAGAAACGAGACGAAAUCGAAAACGAAGGAACAUCGAGAUGCGACCAAAAAUUUAGCCGAUUUAAAUGACAAGAUAUUACGUGUACCAAGCUUUGUACCAAAUUUUACCGCAGUUGAGGAUACGAACUGUCAACAACAUGGCAAGAUAUUCCUGCGUCAAUUAAGGGGUUACAAACUAUGGGCUCUUCAAAUGUUGGAUUCUAAUGCAAAGAUCCCGUCUAGUCUCUUGCGUGGAAACGUCAAUCAGUUUGGUGAUUUUGAUCAAUGUUUAGGUAUCACGUCGCAUGUUAAGAUGGGUAAUAACACGAUAAAGAUUCAAGGAAAAUAUUGUCUGGCAACCAUAGAUUUAUAUGCCACACAACAGGACAUGAAACUACCGGUUCAUCUGAUGCAAGCUCGUACUUUUAUUAAGGGAAAUAUGCAUGACCCGGGACAUUUCAUACCGAGAUUCACGACGGUAAAUUGGGCAUUGUGCCUUCCAGCAGCGUGCACAGCGAAAGAUGCAGAAAUCAGUCUGAUCGAUGCAUUGAGUUAUUACAAUUCAACCUCUGGAAUUAGAUUUACGGUGGAUGUUAAUCCAGAUAUGUGCUACAUAAAGCAAAGGUCACGAAAUUAUUCGAAAGAAACGAUCGGUGUCCUGUACUUCUAUGCAGCAGUCGUUUGUCUAGUCAUUAUAGCUACGAUCAGAGAUUAUUUGGUAAUCUCAGAAGGAAAAGGAAAUUAUUCCGAAAGAAUAAUAAUGGCCUUUUCAUUGAGAAGAACAGUUAAAUAUUUGUUUAAAGAAAUCAAAUCUAAUAGCAAAGAUAUAGCAUGCCUUCACGGAUUAAGAUCCGUGUUUAUGAUUAUUAUUUACUUUGCUCAUCAAAUAAUACCAUUGUCACGGAUACCAUAUGCUAAUCGGGUCGUUUUCACAGAGUUUGCAAAUAAUCCCAUCAGUUGUCUUCUGAGGGUUUCUUCACUUUAUACGGAUUCCUUCUUACUUUUGAGCGGAUUGUUGACGGCUUACAACAUGGUGAAGGAAUUAACAUCCCGUGGAGAGAUUCGUUGGUUUUGUCGUUUUAUCGUUAGAUUCAUCAGAUUGACACCCGCCUUAAUCGUGAUAAUAUUUUGGUAUGCUUUUGUGAUGGAGCAUAUCGGAUCGGGACCGCUAUGGAACAAUAUUAUUGUAGAUAAUGCGGAACUCUGUAAAAAAAAUGCAUGGACCAAUUUACUUUACAUACAGAAUUUCUUUCCGUUGGAAGAAAUGUGUGCAACGCAUACCCAUCAGCUAGCAUUAGACAUGCAAUUGUCAUUGUUAGCACCAAUUUUAGUUUUUUUCCUUCAUUAUAAACCUAUUAUCGGUAUCAUUUUAUUAUUUUUCCUUAUUCAAGUCUCGGCUACGCUUCGUUACAUAGCCACGAUAAAUAAUAAUCUAUCGAUCGUAAUCUUUCACGGAAUGUCAUUGAAACAACUUUACAAAGUCGCUAAUUUAAGUUACAUUUUAGCAUUACAUAGAGCGACUCCCUACGCUUGUGGCGUAGGACUUGGCGUUUUAUUACAUUAUACAGGGAAAAGCGUAAAGAUUCCCAAGGUGUUCGUGAUCUUGGGAUGGUUGAUUGCGAUGUCCUUUGGAACAUGGUCGUUAUUUUCUCCUUGGCGUACAGCCAAAAGGGACUACGUGUAUGACGUUGAAGAAGCCACUCAUUACACUGUGAUCAGUCCAGUCUCGUGGGCUAUAGCUUUAUGCUGGACGAUUUUUGCCUGUUUUACCGAUCACGGAGGAAUCAUAAACAGAUUUCUCUCGAACUAUUGGUUCGUAAUAUUCAGUAGAAUAUCUUAUGCGAUUUAUUUAACACAAUUCCCAGUAUUUUUCUACAACGUUGGGACCACGAGAUAUACGACAGAAUUUCAGGAACAUAGAAUGAUCGAUUUCUUGGAGAUAUUCGUAGUGAUAUGCGUGUCGAUCGUAGUUACUUUAUUGUUCGAUCUUCCGAUGCAGGAAGUAAAGAACGUAAUAAUGGAAAGUACAGAUAGUUUAUCAACCGACGUACCUACAGAAAAAUUAGGGAUGGAAGAAACGAAUGAAACAAAGUCGAAGGAAUCCGUUAAGAAGAUAGUCAACGGAGCAAAAAUAUUCGAGGAUGACGAAGCAACCUCGGCGGGAUGGGAUUGGCAAAAGAACGUAAUUGAAGCCGAUAUCGAAUUACGAAACGAAAGUAUACAAGACGAAGGGAUUGCAAAUAUACCGGGUUUAAAGAAGUCGGAAGAGAGAAGAAAAUCAUUUAUAGGAUAUGACGACGGAGAGAAACAUAUAGAACGAGGAAGAAUAAAUAGAAGAAUACCGUACUCGUUUGAUUCUGAAGAAGAAACUAUGGAAUAUUUCAGAAAUCAAAAAGAAGAAGAAACGAGAAGGAGCAGACGUUCGGUUUCCAGAACGAAAGAAAUCAAAAGAUCGAUGCCGAUCGAAAUUGAGGAUGAUUAUAUAAGACGAAGAAGCGAGGAAGGUUAUUCGAAUCAGUAUAGAAGAUCAGAAUCGAAGGAAAGAUCUUCUGUUAGAGAACACGAUGAUUAUCGUUCUUGGGAAUUUAUUAACGAGGAACGUUCGACGUCUACCGGUCCAGACUCGAUGCGAUUUUUAACCGAAUCGGAGGAAUACGUUCCGAGAAGUUCACGACGUUCCGUAACAAAAUCUAUGGAUUCGAGAAGAAUAUUUUCUUCAGAAAGCGAAGACGAACCGCCCGUUCAACGGAGAUCGAAACAUGACCGAAGAUAUCCUUCGGUGGAACCGAAAGUAAGCGAUGAAGAAGAAUGGGAAGAAGAGUUGAGGAUACGAAGGCGUCGAUACAUGGAGAAGCUCGCCAGCCAACAAAGUGAUUCGGCGGAAGAAGAAGAUAUAACGUCCUUGAGACGAAGGUCUUCUGCCGAAGGAAGAAUAGCUUUGUUGAAAGAUCCUUCGGGUAACGAAAAUAUGGACGCUUGGACUGUGAGUGUUGGUCCUCGUAUCGCUCAACUUGGAUCCUCUCAGGAACCUAGCGAACCUGAAGACGAUGCUUCUUAUCUUCAACGUCGUGAAUAUCGCGAGAAAGCACCACCGUUUAGAGAAAAUCCUUAUAGCGAGGAAAAAGAUUCCUCCGUCAGAGAUGACAAGGAUGUUGCCAGCUUCAACUUCGUUCUUACGAAGGACAGUAAAAGAAAAUCUGUUCAAGAUCUUACAAAAUUGGACGAUUCAGAUUUGACGGAGUCUGGGUGGAGCCUCGUCAAGGAGGAAGGUAUCGAAAUUUUGCCGAAAUCGUCCUUGGGAUUGUAUAAGCGAGAGUCUAUUAUUAAGAGUCAGGCUAGCGAAGAAGAUCCAGAAUAUUAUCUUCCAGAGAGACCGAAACUUGUUCAGCAAGAGCAGGAACAUCCGUUCAAGAAAGCAUGGCAGAUGCAAAAAUCUCGAUCGGAAGAAGACGCUUUAGCAUACAUAGUAAAAGAUAAAAAAUUGGUACAAUCCGAAACAAAGAAAGACGAUGAUACUUCGACGAGUAAAAAAGAUACGACCGCUGAAAAGUCUCAAGACUUUGAAGAUUUGGUUACGGAAGAAACUGACAAGUUAUCGGUUUGGCACGACAGGAGCACUGAUACAGAAGAUAAUCAACAGAGUUCGAAAUCUGAGAUCGAGUCUGACAUCGAAUCGACUUCAGUAAGACAAUCGUCGAACACUGAUGUCGACGAGAGUGGACCCUGUUCUGUUUCCGAAACUGAUUCAGAUACUUCUAGAUUCGUUUGGCCAACCGAGGACGAGCAAUUUGAGAUGUACAAGACGGGACCAAGAAGAAAAUCUAUGGAAAUUAAUUGCGAUUGGGAGGAGGAAGAAACUUGACGAAGAGAUAAUCGCAGAAUUCUAAAAGAAUGAUUAAGAAAUUUUCAAGAACGAUCAGGACCAAGGACAAAUUUUAAAGCGUUGAGAGUGAACAGCGAACGCACUUCUGCGACAGCCAGUUUAUCGGUGAUCGUAUAUGCAUAUAUAAAUAAACAGACAGCUAAGUUAACAAUCAGUAUCAUUAUAUUAUUUAACAUAUAAUAAAUUACGAAUGGACCAUUAUAAAAAAAAAAAAAAAAAAAAAACAGAAAAAAGAUAAUAUCCCUUUAUAUGUUAUUUAUAGUUUGCACAUACAUAUCACGUCCCUGGAACAUUUGUUUUCUUCGUUAUUUUCUUCAUCGUAUUUUGCUUAUUUAAAGGAUGAUAUUAAACCUUUUAAAUACGAUUCUUUUUCUCUCGUAAAGUAUCGGAUAAGUUUUACUUACUGUUAAAGCCAAACUGUAAAAUGAUUCGUUCGAGUGCAAUAAUAAGAGAUUCGAACAUUGUUGAUAUUAAAAGUGCUCCGAUAAAAAUGAGCGUCUAGUGUGACAGUAUUAUACUGAACUACAAAUAAAAUAUUCUCUUUUCAGGAAGCUUCUAAAAUAA